UACUAUCCACACAGCAGACAACCCGGGCCACGCCAAUACGGGCACAUUAACCGGAGAGAUGUUGCCGCCAGGAAGCCAAGCAACGAACCUAGGAACAGGCAGGCAGGCAGCGUCGGCGAGGCCGUUGGGCAACGCCUCGCCACCACAUGAUUUCGCCUGCCUGUUGUUCUUCGGGCCUCCCCUUCUCCUCCACCCUGACUACAUCAAAUUUCAACCCUGACUCCAUCAAAUUUCAUGGACAAAUGAAGCUGGAUUACAUGCACGCAGGAGGCGCGCGCAUCGGCGUAACGUCUCCUUGGCGUUGAGGGCUUGAGCUCGUGGCAAGCGAUGACAUCGUCGACGCUGUCUUCAGCGCUGAGCUCCAUGGAGGUGAUGCUGGAUGCGCUCAUGCAGAGAGGAGUAGGAAAGCCGGAGGAAAAGCCCAAGGAGGAGGCGCCUCCAGCGCUGCCCACACGCCCCACGGUGAGGGGCAGGCCGCCAUCUCUGCAGAGGCCUGGUUCCCCUCCCCCUUGGGUUCACCGGUCACCAUCGUUACCGCCUAUGCUGGAAGUGGACGAGAAACUUGCGGUCAAUUCGGUGCUGGAAAGAAGGGCCACGGUGGCGGAAGAGGCGGUAAAGCAGAAGGACGACGUGGUGAGGCAGAAAGAUGAGGAGAUAGCCGCGCUGAGGCAACAGGUUGAGCACUACGAAUCCCGGCUCUCGGAAUGCGAGGCGAGGAUGAAAUCCGUGGAGGAGGAGCUGCGGAAACAGAUCACCACGAUGCAGAUCGCUCAGAACAACGCUGGAAGAACCGGUGAAUCGACGACAAGGACGCACCACAGGCAGGAACUAUCAGGCACUAGUGGUGCUCCUGCUCAGUCGUCAGGGUGGCGAGAGGAGGAAGCAUCGGUGACGCGGCAACAGGCUCGUGGCCGCGAAUCGAACGUUGCUGCAGUCGUCGACGAAAGGAAAACCGAUGCCGUGAGCCGCUUGGCCACGGAGCUCCGGCAGGAGAGCGAGGCGUUCGAGCACCGCGCGCGUGCGGUGACCGAAGCGGGACCGCCGACUGCCAAGUCGGUCGACGAGCUCAAGAAGCUGAAGCGGCAGUUCGGGACGUGGAAGAAGGAAUACGGGGCCCGUCUGCGUAAGACCAAGGCCGAGCUGAAGAAGCUCGUCCGCUCGGAGAGGGGUGGCCACGGGAACCGCCGCAGGUGCUGCUCGUGGAAGAUCAAGCUGCCGAAGUGCAGGUUUCCCAAGUGCUGCGCGUUCAAGCUUCCAAGCCCUUCCUCUUGCUGUUCCUGCAGUUGCUUCCGCCGCUGCUGCUAGCCACGCAAGAUUGCAGACGCUUGGUUUGCUUCUUCUACUUGUACAUCGUUGUAAAAUUGUUGGGGGUGAUCGAAUUGACAAAAGGAACAAAACGAAAUAUGACCAUAGCUAGAUACGAAACACUUGGAGGGUAUUCAUGCA